UUUUUUCUUUUUCAGUGUAAUUUGUAAAAAAUCCAACAAACAAAGUGCUUUGUUAUGUGUUAUAUACAGAAAUUAUUUUUUAAGCUUUAAAUUAGUAACUAAGAAAAAUGGCAGAUUUUGAUGCAAUAUAUCAGGACGAAACAGAUCCUGAAGAGAAUAUAGAGGAGACGCAUGUGACGUUAGUGCCUGACCCCAUCGUUGUUCGCGGAGCUGGGAACAUGACAGUUUUUGGGUUAAGCAACCGAUUUCAUGGUGAAUUUCCAUCAGGGUUGCAGUCCCGUGUUGCUCCUGAAGAAUACCAAGCAACAGUUGCUCGUAUUAACAGUGUACUUAAAAAAACACUACCUGUUAAUGUCAAGUGGUUAUUCUGUGGUUGCAUGUGCUGUUGUUGUACACUUGGAUGCUCUCUAUGGCCUGUGAUUUGUCUUAGUAAAAGGACACAACACUCAUUGAACAAAUUGUUGGAAUGGGAAAAUAGCCGACUUUAUAAUAAAUUGGGUCUUCGCUGGCGACUCACUAAACAACACUGUGAUUCCUCAUCCAUGAUGGAGUAUGUUUUACUUAUAGAGUUUAUUCCUAAAAUACCAAUAUACAGGCCUGAUUAAUGCGGCAGUGAUCUUACUUGUAAAUAUAAAUAACACAAAAAUCCAUAAUUUUUGAUGCAAUUUCUUGUAAAUAUAAUUGUUAAUGGCAUCUAUGUUUUAUCAAUUUCUUAAAAUCUUGUUUCUAGAGAAAAUGCAAUUUAACAAAGAUAGUAAAAACCUCAGAUUUGUUGUGUACAGUACUACUGUUUGGGAUUAUUUUUCUAGACAGUAAAUUAUAAAAUAUGGUAUUUCUUACUUAUGAAGGAUAAUAGCAUAAUGUUUACCAGAUGCUUUAAGUUCUGUUGGAACAAUGAAGUUAGGAUUAAAAUGUCAGGAAAUUGAUAAAACAUAAGCUGAUGUGCUUUAAAUGUAUAGAGGUCAUUAAAGCUUUGAUUUGAAGUUAAUGCAAUGUUAUCUUAAUGUGUAAUGCUAAAGUAAGUACCACGGAUGAGGCUAGCUUUCUAAUACAUAGGUAGAUAAUUGAUUUCUUGAAACAUUACUUCAGAUAUACCUAUCUGAUAGUUUAUGUACAGCUAUCAACACUGCUCAAAAUUACCAAUAUUGCAACUAGAUAGUUAUAACAACAUAAGCUUAUUAUAUAACAUCUUAUUAUGUGUACUGUGUUAUUUUUAUAAAUAAUAUUUUUUCUAUGCAAAAGCAUGGUUUUGGUUUUUGAGUGUAUUCAUACAAACACAGAUCUUUCCUCUUUAAAACUAAGUU